UAAUUAUAUUUAUAUUUAUAUUCACAAACCAACAGACAAAAAGCGAUUCCCGGCACUUUUGUUUUAAAACGGAAGUGACGUCAGGUCAACCGCAAAACCCCGUUUAGCGCUUCAGCAACAACAUUCUCAAUGGAGGAAGAAAACUGUGCUGGAAUCGCAAAUACAGGCGUCCUGCUGCCUCUGUCCUCCCUGCGGCUGCUCGUCCCGCCACUGCGCCUUAUCUCUGCUUUCAUGUGGCAGGUGCUACAGCAGAAGAGCGUGAUGCAUUAUGGGAAGUUGGAGGAGUUCGUCUCCAUGGUGACAGAGAAGCUGCCGCAGUUGCUGGGUUACAGACAGAGAGUUCAGCUGAUGCUAGGACUGCGAGCCAGAAUGGUUUUGGAGUUGUGUCGUGAUUCAGCCGAUGUCAGAAGCGUUCAAGCACAUCUGGACCAAAUCCAGAUUCCAGCGCCGCCGGCCGGACCGCCAGCUGGUCUUGAUGCUGAUUUGGGAUCUUCAGUGUUUAAUUUCAAAGCUUUGGUUCUGGCGCUCAUCAAAGACCCGGUUGAGAAAGCUUAUUUCUUUCAGGAAGUGUUUCCUGCAGAAUAUGGAGCUCAAUACGACACGGCUCUUAAAGAGCUCAUGUGGGAACUUCUGUCCAGCCUGGAGAAACUGCUUCCUGUGCCAGACUUUAAAAAGGUAACCAACAAUAUAGAGUCAUAUUUAAUGUGUGUGACCUUUGUAUCACUCUCAGCUCUCUCUCUGUUUCUCACUCAGACGGUGUCAUUGCUCUCUCCUGCCCCCGCUGGUCUGGAGGAAUGCAUGCAGACCGACCCCAACGACCUGCACGCGCUCCUGCAGCAGCAUCAACUGUUUGGAGGUUCAGAAGGUCAGAGUUCGCUGAAAGGGUCCAAAGUGGGGUCUGUUCCUCGUUCAUCUGGUGACUGGAUUCUGUCUUCGCUCUCCAUCCCUCCGUCAGCCCGUGUCAUCCUGAACCCUGAGCCCGUACAGCUCUAUCACGUCCAGACGUCUAGCGUCGCCAUAAUGAGUCCAGCUCUCGGUCAGCUCAGCUCAGACAGCAUCAUCGUCACCGACUACACGGAGGUAGAGCUGAGCAGCCACGACAUUUCUGACGAGCUGAUGGAGGCGAGCGCGACACAUGUGGAUGGAGGCGUGGAGGAGAACCCGAGCGGCGACGGCGUGGUGGAGAACCCGAGCGGCGACGCCGUGGAGGAGAUCCCGAGCGGCGACGGUGUGGAGGAGAUCCCGAGCCGCGACGGCGUGGAGGAGCUGUUAGCUGACGAACGUUCUGCUGAGAGUGGGGAGGAACCUGCAGGCGGUGAGGACGCAAACACUUUACAUUACAAACCGACAAGAUGCGAUGUUAUGUGUGAAACUGUGAGUGACGCCAUCGCAACAGCAUCCCAUAAUGAGCCUACAGCAAGUGCACAGGACGAAGAGACCCAACAGGACGCGCUGACAGAAGACAAAGACCGCACCGAUGCCACUCCUGACGCAGGAAGUGACACAGCUGUGUUACAGGAAGACACAUCACCCGAAACAAACGUGGUCCAGACGCCCCUGGUGCGGAAGGGGCGAGGGAGGCCGAGGAAGAGCGUAGAGACGACUGACAAAUACCCGGUAAAACCCCCCCGCCGAAGAGGACGACCCGCAUCUGUUAAACAGGAGAACAGCACCGAGGAGAGGAGUGCUGAUAGAUCGGUCGGAGAGAAUAAAGAUGCUUCCGAUGCGCAGUCCCGCAGAUCUGCAACGCCUGGACUGCAGACUAGAGCGCCGUAUCGCACCAGCAAAUCCUGCAAGACUGAGCCAACAAGCGACGCGUCCUCUGACAACCCUCGCGCUCGCUACCUGUGCAACACCUGCGGCCGUAAGUUCACCCGCAGCUCUGACGUGCGUCGACACCAGCUCACGCACACGGGAGAGCGUCCGUUCCACUGCAGCCACUGCGAGAAAACGUUCCAACACGCGUGGGAUCUGACCAAACACUGCCGCAAGAUGCAUGACGAGGCAGCGUUCACGUGCCAGCUGUGCAAGAGCAGCUUCCUUAACCUGCGCGUCCUGACGGCCCAUCACAAGAAAGAACACUGCGACAAACUGCCUCAUUACUGCUCCAUCUGUGGCGAGGCCAGCCCGACGGCCGCCGCGCUCGUUCAGCACCGCAAGACACACAGCGCCACGCAGCAGUAUCGCUGCGAACAGUGCGGCAAGGGUUUCGACACGCUACUGCAGCGAUCCGUGCAUCGGCAGAGCCAUCUCAGACGCCGCCAGUUCAAAUGUCCGCAGUGCGAUAAGACAUACACACGCAGCACGGACGUGAAGAGGCACCAGUUGAGUCACACGGGCGAGCGGCCGCAUCAGUGCUCGUUCUGCGGGAAGUGCUUCACGCUGCGCACCGGUCUGCAGAAACACCUCGUGACGCACGCGGGCGAGAGACCGUUCAAGUGCCCGCACUGCCAGAAGGCCUUCACGCAGCUGUCCAUCUUGCACCGGCACGAGCGCAUGCACACGGGCGAGCGGCCGUACCUCUGCUCGCAGUGCGGGAAGCGAUUUCUGUCACACGGCGAGCUCAUCAAACACGACAAAACCCACCGGGACGAGAGACCGUACUCGUGCCCGCAGUGCAACAAGUCCUUCAAGUUCAAACGAGCGCUGCAGGAGCACAUUCUGUCUCACAGUGGCGCACGGCCGUACCCGUGCAACUACUGCAAGAAAAUGUUCGCCAAACCCUUCGCGUUAAACCGGCAUCACCUGAUCCACACCGGAGAGCGGCCGUUCUCUUGCGCACACUGCGACCGGACGUUCCUCACCUCGAACGAGCUCGCCCUCCACGAGCGAGUGCACACGGGCGAGCGGCCCUACUGCUGCGUCACGUGUCCCAGGAAGUUCCGCAGUUCUUCUGAGCUGGCACGGCACCGCCGCAGUCACACGCAGGAGCGGCCCCACACCUGCAGCUACUGUCCGAAAGCGUACGCCACCGCCGCCAAACUCAAAAGUCACGUGAGAAUCCACACGGGAGAGGGCAAAACCAAACACUCGCCCCGCGUGAACCAAACGGCUGAUGUGCAAGAGACCGCCGCGCGCGAAGCCGCAGACGUCAUUGCCAUUAUUUUGGACUAGUGUCAGUGGACUGAUUGACAGUGUGUUUAGACAAGAUUAACCCACGUUGGGGAAACGAUCACUUGGUUUCCAGUUGUUGUUUAUGUGUUGCUGUAACAGUAUUCAACACUCUUCAUGAUGGAUAAAGGAUUAUGAUUUUAGGGAAUAACGUGUUGAUGCAGCUCAUUGGUCAUGCAUGUGCACUCGUGAACUUUUGCCGCAUUAACAAAUGUAAAAUCAGGAAUCUGGUGAAGAACUACACUACCCAUGAUCCUGAUGGGACCCGAUCAACCAAUCAGAGAAUCCAAUCAAAAGAGUUCUGCAGCUCCGCCCACUCCCAUGAUGCACUGUGUCGCUCUCUGUACACUCUCAAACUACUGAUAUAUUUGUAGAUAUCUCAAUAUUUUUCAAUAUAAUAAAAGUUUGUUUCUUUAAAUGAAUAGUUUAAAAUUUUUCCAUUUGUUUUGUUUGAUGACAUCAUUCUCAAAGCUACAUGGGAUUGAAGUUCUCAUUAAACAUGAUCAGUGC